UUAAAUAAUUUUUUUAAAAACAUUCAAUAAGGGACCAUACAGAACCAAUUGAGCUGGGUUGCUGUUGCAUUGAAUACGCAUGUGCAGAAAAGAGGAGGGGGCUCAUCUCUAACGCACCACCGAAUGGCUUGUAACGGCGCCGCGCGUCCUUCCGUAUACGCGCGUUCGUUGGGACUGUGUUUCCUGUAAACAAGUGCCGCUCGUUAUUUGUAUGUCGCAUGUGUACGCGAUAUAUAAAACUAUUUAUUUUUUUUUUUUUCAAAGAAGCCGUCUGAAUUGCAGCGAAUAUUUUGAAAUGGUUGGAUAGAUAAGGUACUGGGAGCAAAAGUCUGCCGUAUAUCCUGCAAGAAGGAACAAGUGGCCAAGUCGAGUUGGCGUCGCUGCCAUUUGACAACGUGAUAUCGUCUGUUUCGAAGAAGAGACUGUUGGAAGACACGAAAAGGCAGAGAGAGAGGGAGAGAGCGCGUAUAAUAAAGGGACAUGUAUCAAUUUUGGGAGAAGGUGCAAUAUCGAUUGUAGUUACAAACCGUGCACGUUUCUAUUAGACUCGAGAUCGACAGCACAGAUUGAAUUUCUCUCUUUCUUUCUGUCUCUCGCGUGAUCUCACGACGAAACGAAAUGAAGUUGGUUAUGCACGUGCUCUGUGAACUCAGUGAUUGUUAUGGAGAUAACGUGGACGCGCGUUUGAUGGUAUCCUUGUGGUCGUCGCUAUCUCGAAUGAGUUCUGCGCACACAACUUCAUUGGCUACUGCGUUGUCUUUGUUCCAUCAUCGAACCUCAGAAGCGAUAGUGACUUAGAAACAAGAGGCAAGAUGUUCAAUUUUCACAAGCCAAAGGUCUAUCGCUCUGCUACUGGCUGCUGUAUCUGUAAGGCCAAAUCUAGCAGCUCGAGGUUUACAGAUAGCAAAAAGUAUGAGGAUGAUUUUUUGGAAUGUUUUCAACUGCAAGAGAGGCGUACUGGCGAGAUAUGUAAUGCAUGUGUGCUUUUGGUCAAAAGAUGGAAAAAAUUGCCAGCUGGAAGCAAUCGCAACUGGAGACACGUAGUGGACGCACGUGCUGGUCCUGGCAUCAAGUCGCUAACAAAGUAUAAGUCAAGGAACAAGAAGAAGGUGAAGGACAAGCCUGAAAAGAUCGAAAAGAUUGUGAAAAAGAAAUAUGUUUACUCAAAGACAGAGGCCGACCGCGAACAUAGUCCAGCUAUGAGCGAUGAGUUGACUGAAUAUUACAGCAUUGCGGAAGUGGGCAGCAAAAGUUCAAGCAGGUCAGAAAGUCCUGCAGAUAGUGAUGACAUCGCGGAAAAGCAAAUAGAUGUACCACCUGUUGAGAAUAUGGAAGUUGAACAGAGUUAUAUUAACGAUUUCAUCGAUUUGUCAUACUUUAAAAGAGAGAUCAUCUGUUGCGGCACAAUCUUCAAGGGCCCUUAUGGUGAGGUGAUUGUGGAUCCUUCCUUACUGAAACCCUGCGUAGGCUGUCUGGCCACUAGGAGACAGCGGCAGCGUAGCGACGACAUCUCGUCGGCAUCGGAAGCCACCAGUCCUAUCCACUCUGCGUCCGUCAGUCCAGCGCAUAGUGUCGAAUUGCCACCGGAGGCAAGUGUAAUUUCCUCCAAACAAAAUGCUAAAACGACCUUCAGCGACUCGUCGUCUGACUCUGGUUACGACGAAUGCUCCAAUCAGGGUGCGUACAGUGGUAAUAAGAUUGGCAAACACGGUCAGGAUAUCAAGUUGCUUCAACGAAUGGACCAGAUGUCCUAUAAAUCCUUGACAGUCGACGCCGACGUCGCCAUUAAUCCACCGUCUCAAAUACAGCCGGUAUCGUCAAAUUAAUGCCGACUGUUUGUAGAGUGUUAAUUUAUUCUUUUCUCAUUAACACGCGCGCGCACAUACGUGCGUACAGCUCUUUUUGACCAUAAGGAUGCAUUUGAAGAUUGCCAAUCGAUUCUCGCUAGGGUCCAAAGUCAAGAGACAAAUUGAUAAAAUUGGAAAAAGGGAACACAGAUAUUUUAAUUCGAAGAAUUUUAAGAAAAUGUUCUCGUUAAGCAGAAAUUAAAAUUUCUGAAGAAGAUUGUGCUAAAAUUAAUACUCCUAAUUGUAAAGUAACAAAAACAAGGAAAUCUUGAUUUUAGCAAUUCUUCGCGAAAAUGUUUAGAAUCUCUGACAGUAAAAUCUUAAUGUCAAACCAAAUUGUAAGAAUUUAUAUCUUAGCAAAUUUAGGAAUUUUAACUUUUCUUUUUAUAAGG